AUGUCCGACCACUCCUACAAAUUCAACAUCACCAUGACCUGCGGCGGCUGCUCCGGCGCCGUCGACCGCGUGCUCAAGAAGCUUGAUGGCGUCAAGUCGCACACGGUCUCGCUCGACAGCCAGACCGCCGAGGUCACCGCCGCCGACUCGCUCGACUACGACACUGUUCUGAACACCAUCAAGAAGACUGGCAAGAAAGUCAACAGUGGGGAGGCCGACGGCCAGACCAUGGCUGUAUGA